AUGAAAGAUGAUGAAAAAUCUAUGAGGAAAUCGAGGAAAGAAAAUGAAGUCGCAGUUGAAAAAAUAUCAAAAGUUAUCGUUAUUUUGCAAGAGCACGUGUCUAGUGCUGUCACAAGUGACUCUGCAGUUAUGAAUUUGCAAAAUUUUCGAUCGAUUAUUUUUGAGUUAUUGAGCCUGCCCGAGUUAUUUGCAGCGAGACAUAAAAAUGAUUUGAUCAAUCUAGAGUUGUGGAGGGGGAAAUCGACAGCUCUCCCACUCCUCGGUAGCAGUAGCACGAUGGCUUUGCGCUAUUUUACAACCGGCAAUAGAAUUUUUGCAGCAGUUCAACUGCGGACGUCAAUGCGAUCGUUUCAUUCGACUCAUUUUCUCGAUUAUUGUCGCAAUUAUAACAGUAAAAAUCAUUUAAUUAUGAAUAAAUUGGAGCACGUCAAGUUCGCGUGGAAAAAUGCCGACGUCGUUACGUUUGACGUUGACUCGACUGUCAUUCAGGAAGAGGGCAUUGAUGAACUCGCUAAUUUCUGUGGAAAGGGAAAGGAAGUCAGUGAGUUAACGAAAAGAGCGAUGCAGGGAAACAUGACGUUUCAACAAUCAUUAACCGUGAGAUUAAACAUAAUUAAACCAAGCUCGGAGCAGAUCAAGGAGUUUAUCAAGACACAUCCACCUACACUGACUCCUGGAAUCAAAGAGCUCAUAGAUGCACUUCACGCGAAAAAUAAAGAAGUUUACCUAGUUUCCGGUGGCUUUCGCUGCCUUAUAUCACCGGUUGCCAGACGAUUAAAUAUAUCUCAGGAUCACAUACACGCAAAUAGACUUAAAUUCUAUUUUAAUGGUGAAUAUGCAGGAUUUGACGAGAAUGAACCGACAUCGCGGAGUGGUGGAAAAGCAAUCGUGAUCAAACGAUUACAAGAGAAACAUGGAUUUAAUACAAUUGUUCAUGUCGGGGAUGGUGCCACGGAUAUGGAGGCGUGCCCACCCGCUACAGCUUUCAUUGGAUUUGGUGGUAACGUUGUCAGAGAGAGUGUGAAAACAAAUUCCCUGUGGUUCGUCGAAGACUUCCAGGAGCUGAUAGAUGCCCUGGAUUAACCCCCACUUCAUCGAGAUUCACUAGAACCUCGAGAAAUCUUUCAUUUAAGUAUUAAAAACAAAUGAAAUUUUGUUUGUACUCGAAAACGACAAGAUAUUAAUCUUAUCAUUCCUGACGGCCAAAAGGUGACGCAAGAUAUCAAGGAUUAAUAUUAAAUAUUUCAAUUUUAUAUCUAGAACAAUGAAAAAUAAUUUUUAAAAAUCAAUUCAUUAAGACAAAGUGAGAGAAAAUGAAAAACUUCGGAUUUGUUUUUUCUUUCAUCGAAUCAUUUUCUUUACUUAAAAAGAUUUAUAACACAUUUUUAUGAUACACAAACGUUGCAUAACUAAUAUUAAUAUUUCACAAUUAUCAAAUUGCGAAACGAAACGAUUUUUAAACCAAUUUUUACUGUACAUAUACAUCAUAUCAUCAUAGGUUUGAUAAAUUUACAGAACGUUGAUUAUUUCUAUUGCAUGUCGAUAAAUUGUCAAGAGGCUGAAUGUAUAAUUGAAGGUUUGAAAUUGUUCCAUGUAAAAGUGAAAGCAACUUUUCUGACCUGGUGGAAUAACUAAUUGAUACUUGAGAUUGAUAAAAUAAAAAAUCUUUCAACUAAACCGUUAA